ACUACUGCUUGACGUCUCCUUUGGGGCUGCCCGACCAGGGAGCCUUCCGGGAUCUUGCGCCGGCAGAGAGAGAAAAGAUGGUACCAAGAUAAUGCCGUGAUUCAAGGCCGGUCGGUCGAGCCGGUUGCUUCCCGCUGAUGAGCCAUGGCAGGAUAUUCUUCGUCGGAGGACGGCAAGGGGACAUCGUCGUCCCUGAAUGAUGCAGGGCAGGAGAGAGAGGUAGUCGUAACCCAGACCGGCCACUUGCUGGAGGCUUUCACACCCCCAGACCCGACGGCAGAUGCCAGCAAGCCCCCCACGGAGGAAGAGGGCCUGGAAGAGUCGGCCUUCCUCGUUGCCAGGCAGAUUUCCAAACCGUCUCCGUUCCAAGAGGUCCAGCCGGUUCAGGAUGAGGCUUUACAGCCAGAGGUGCGGGUUCGAAGGAAGGAAGGACUGGCGCUUCAGGAGGCCAACAAAGGGUGGGCUGUGGACCUGGAACAACCAGGGCAUCCGCCGGGUCCCCGGAAGGAGGAAAAAGAAGAAAAUGUUGCUCACACAGGGCCAGAGAACGGACCGAGACGUCCUCUUAAGGAGCCAUCAGCAUUCUCUCGAGAAGCACCAAAGCAGAUUUGGUUCCAGGACUGGGAGGAGGAGAAAGAAGUGAGAGGAACCCAACCAGUGGCUGAAAAAGAGGAGCCCCUUGUCCCGGAUUCAAAUCUGGAGAGCAAGAUCGUCGCGGUGAUCCCUCAGCAGACCCCCCACGAGAACUCGGGGGUCAUCGGCAGAGACGUUUCCAGGGGGACAUCCCGCAAAAUCAAGUACGAAAUACCCACCAGUGCCUCAUCGGUGAAGGAAACCGUGCUCCGAACAGAAACAAAGGCUUGGCUGUCGAAAGAGGAGGCCCCGAGCGCCACCGUGAUCUACCCGAAGCCCAAUGCACGUCCGAUGGGGAAAGAGAAAAGCUUCCACAACACCAUGGGGGGAAUCACCACCCACCUGCAGGAAGCCGGCAGCAGUUCCACCUCGGCCAUGGUCAACAGCCUCAACUCCUUUGUGGAGUCGCCCGUUGGCCAGGUCUUCGCCGACACCAUCGAGCGGGCCCUGCAGAAAUCCGAGGAGUGGCUCAACUAUUACCUCCCGUCACCGGAGAACCGAGAGGCCCCUUCCAGCGCGGCGACGGAGGAGGAGCGGCGCGACGUGUCUUUCCCGGACCUGUGCAAGGAAGGGUGCUUUGUGCGGAUCAACUCCCUCUCCACCCAGCUGAGAAACCGGGCCUUCAAGUACGUCCUCCGCCAGCUGAAGGCCACGCGCCGGAGCACCCAGGAGCACCUCUCUCUCCUGGAUCAGGUCCUUGACUUGGUAGAGCAGUCCAGUCGUGUUGCGCCGUCCAGUUUAGUCAAAGUCCCUGAAAAGCUGUCCAGCAUGUGGGCGUACUGGACCACGGACCAAGACUCUGAUGGCAGCCAGGGGCCGAGAAGGCAGAAGAGCGACUCCAUCUCUUUUCUGCCAGAGCAACUGGAGCUGAAAGCGCUGAGCCUGACUCGGAUCGUGGCCCGGGAGCUUUACACCACCUACCACAACCUCCUCCCGCACAUUCCCGAACUUCCGCUCCACCUCCAGGAGAAGGCUUCCCAAGUCUACGAAAGCCUGGAAGAACUCCAGUCCCACCUGGCGAAGUCCCCCUCCCUCCGAGAUCUGCCGUCCCACCUCGCGAUCCACAGCCGGCAGAAAAUUGCCAGGGCCCGGGAAAAUCUGGACGAGAUCUUGGAUUUUAUGGCGGAAAACCCGCCGACUCAGUGGCUGUCCCCAGCGAGCUCCUCCAGGGCUUAUAAAGAGCCGUUGUUCGGAGAAGGGAGCAAGCCCCCCGAGCCACAAAACAAGGGGGCCCCACCACCGCCACCACCACCUCCUCACCUUUAA